AACUGUCAAAACUAACAACGCUCUCAACAUUUUCCAGGUCAGCAAACAGCACAGUCGAUACUCAGUGCACUUACUGGUGUUAAUAAAAUUAAACAUAAAUUAAAAUGCCUGCUCCUGCUAGUUCAACCUCCGUUGGAAGCGGCUCUCGCUCGCCCAGCAAAUUGUCGGCGCCACGUAGCGCUGGUGCUGGCGGUGGCAGCACACUGAAACAACGCAAGACAACAACGACAACGGCGGCCAGGAGUCGUGCUCCAGGCGGUGCAGGCACCGGCGGAAUGUGGCGUUUCUACACAGACGAUUCCCCCGGCAUUAAAGUUGGACCCGUGCCAGUUUUGGUUAUGUCGUUGCUGUUUAUUGCAUCGGUCUUCAUGCUGCACAUCUGGGGCAAAUACAACCGCUCAUAGACAUUUUUCAUCGUAGCAAAUAAAUACUUUCACCUCAACGAACGAAACGCGACCCUAAAAUGUCGACGUCAUCAGAUUUUUUAACAAAACGACAUCUUCAACAAUAACAACAACAAAUGAACAGUCGCCGCUGCUGGCACUGUUGCUACUGCAUUCCGUUGGUUGGGGCAUUGGUGUUUUCCACUUGAAAUUAAUUAAUUGUCUAAGCUUAAGUUACCCGUCGUUAAAUCAUAAAAACUAAAUUGUAUACAUAAUUUUUUCCAAAAAGUAAGCAUUCCACAAUUUAUGGUGGACGUGUUCAUGUGCAUUAAUUCUGCGCCGUAUCCCGACGCAUUACUAAAUUUUCAAAAGUGUCAACAA